AAUCGCUUCGGGGGGGCCGCCGAACAAAAAGUGGUCGAUGGCAAACGUCACAGAGGGGUUGAAAUCCGACAAAUCCGCAUCGUCCCCGUAAAAAUGCAGUCGAAAGCCACGUUUUUAGUUUUUUAAAUUAUAAUAAUUUCCCUAUAGUUUAUUUAUCGCGGUUCGAUUAAUUAGCCCCGGUACAAAAAAGCUACUAAAAUAAUGAGCGCGCACUAAAAAAGUAGCCAAACAAUUACAAUACUUUUCUAUAGUCAAUUUUUUUUUGUAAAUAGUUAAAUUUAAUUGAAAAUAUGUACGGAUUAAACGUGUUGAUUAAUGCCACUGCGGCUUCUUUUCAUUAUUUGAAGAACAAAAUGGAAAUUUACGCUAGCGUAGAGGAUAUGGAACAGUACCUUCAAUACAUAGGCGGAGGUGCGGGGGCGUUGGCACUUACCGGUGUAGCCGCAGCUUCAGCUUUUUAUCUGGCUAGUAGGCCGACGCCGCAAAGACCUCUAUUUCCUCUAGACGCUCAGUGUAUAUUGGAAAGCUCAGAAGCCAGUGGUCCAGACGUCAUAAGAGUAUCUAGAUUUUACAAAGAUGCCAAAGAAGGCAAAUUCGUUAGUUAUUUACAUUCAGAUGCGACCACCUUGUAUGAGAGUUUUAGGCGAGGAGCUAAAAUAUCCAAUAAUGGUCCGUGUCUAGGUUGGAGAGAAUCGUACGGAAAACCUUACCAAUGGCUCACCUACAACGAGUCGUUGCUCAGAGCCAGAAAUUUGGGUUCCGGAAUGGUGGAAAUUGGCCUCAAACCAGGCACCAGUACCAUGAUUGGCAUCUACGCCAUCAAUUGUCCGGAAUGGAUUUUGGUCGAACAGGCCGCCUACUGUUACAGCAUGGUUAUAGUUCCUUUGUAUGAUACUUUGGGGGCGGAUGCGUGUUCUUUUAUUAUUAAACACGCUGAAAUUCAAGUUAUCUUAGUAGAAGAUGACGCUAAAUGUAAUUCCAUAUUGGAAAAAUCGCCUAGGUGCUUAAAAAAACUCAUAGUGUUUAAAGAAGUUCGGCCUGCUACGAAGCAAAGGGCGAAAAAUAUGGGCAUCGAAAUCCUCAGGCUGCAAGAUGUGGAACUUUUAGGGUCCAAAGCGAACAAUCCGGAAGUACCGCCGAAACCUACCGAUUUGUGUACGAUUUGCUACACUAGUGGUACCACCGGUCAGCCCAAAGGAGUCAUGUUGACUCACGAAAACGUGGUGGGUUCGAUGAGUGCUGUCGUUUUACAAUUCGGCGAUCACAGACUGAGAAGCGACGAUGUUAUGUUGUCGUUUUUGCCUUUGGCUCAUAUGAUGGAGAGGUGUUGUGAGAGUGCAAUGUACAUGCAAGGCGGCGCAGUAGGAUUUUACUUGGGCGACAUCAGAAGAUUGUCAGACGAUAUGAAAGCCUUAAAACCCACAGUAACCCCGGCGGUGCCGCGAUUACUAAACCGAAUAUACGACAAAGUACAGUCGGAUAUUAAUGGAAAUUGUGUGAAGAAAAUGCUGUUCAAUAUGGCUUUGAGUUCAAAAGAGAGUGAACUAAAAAGAGGUAUAAUAAGAAAAAACAGUUUCUGGGACAUGUUCGUAUUCAAAAAAGUCCAAGAAGGCAUGGGCGGAAGACUGAGAUUAAUGCUAGUAGGCUCCGCACCCUUAGCAGAAAACGUUUUGACAUUUAUCCGAUGCGCAAUGGGCUGCGUGGUCGUAGAAGGCUACGGACAAACAGAAUGCUGCGCCCCAGUGACUCUAACGAUUCAAGGGGAUCACGUUCCGGGGCACGUUGGGCCUCCUUUGGCUUGUUGCUGUCUUAAAUUGAGCGACGUGCCUGAAAUGGAAUAUUGGUCCAGGAAUAAUCAGGGUGAAGUGUGUGUUAAGGGCACUAAUGUUUUCAAAGGGUACUUUAAAGAUCCGGAAAAAACUGAAGAGGUUGUUGACGAAUUUGGCUGGCAUCAUACUGGAGAUAUUGGAAUGUGGAUGCCUAAUGGUACAUUAAAAAUAAUUGACAGAAGGAAACAUAUUUUCAAAUUAUCGCAGGGUGAAUACAUCGUGCCGGAAAAAAUUGAAAAUAUCUACAUUAGAUCGCAAUAUGUGGCUCAAGUUUUCGUACACGGAGAAUCUCUUAAAUCCUGUAUCAUAGGCGUAGUAGUACCAGACGUAGACGUAAUCAAAUGCUGGGCCCAAGAAAACAGCAUUACAGGAACUUUCAGUGUUUUGUGCAAUCAUCCCGAAGUCAAGCAACUGAUUCUGGACGAUAUGGUUGCUUGGGGCAAAGAAAGCGGCCUUAAAUCCUUCGAACAAGUAAAAGACAUUUAUCUUCAUCCAGAUCCGUUUAGCGUCCAAAACGGUCUGCUAACUCCCACAUUGAAAAGCAAACGUCCUCAAUUGAAGGCUUACUUCAAACCGCAAUUAGACGAUAUGUAUACACGACUUACCUAAAAGACUUUCCAGCACUCGAGUGUUAACUUUAGCUUAGUAAAAAGCACCUAAAAAAUUAAGUUCUUUGCCUGUAAGAACGAGGAUAUUAUAAUUAUUAUUAUUAUUAUUAGGAAAUUUGCACGGUAAUUAGUGCAUUUAGAAGACAUAUAAUUAAUAAUUUCAUCAUGUACCGGGUGAUACUAGAUAAGAGAGAAUUUCAGCAAAAAUAAUAUCUCUUUUUUAUAACAGAAAAUUUUUUAAAUCAAUUUUAUGCCUCUGCAUUUAUUCUAUAAUUAGAAACAAAACGAAUUUUGGUCCAAUUACAUUUUUGACAAUUGAGGAGUGAUUUUUCAAGCCUAGGAAAUAACAAAAUUUUAAAUUUUAGUGGAAUUUUUCAUGCCUUUUCAAUGUAAUUGGACUAUUUCUGCAAGCUUAUAUAGACAAAAAUGAAUAGUACAACCAGUGACCAUGUUUUUUAAAUCAAAAUUCUAGAGAUUUUUCAAAAUAAAAACUAAGUUGAAGCUGUAGGUUGAUUAUAUUAUUGGUAGGUUUAAUUGUUGAUUUUUAGUUAUUUUUCUUUCUUGUACCAUAAUUAGUCAUAUUCGUAUUCCUUUUUGUUACAAAUUGGGAUUUUAAGCAAUAUAAUCAUAUCGUUUAUUGUUGCUACAUACCUAUUUUAUGUAGCCAGACUUGUAUUUAUUUGACCAUCAUUAUUGUUUUCUUUUUUUAAUAAUAAAUAAAUUAUUAUUGUUUUUAUUUAUUAUAAUAAUAUGUUCACUAUAAUGAUGUAAUAUAAAGUAAUUUUUUCCCCCCAA